CAGGCUCGGACUAUAUAUUUUCCUCCUUGUCCAGAUUCUUCCUUUGUCCGUUAACAGUAAUAACUUCCACUAGAUUCUCUCAGUAAACCUUUGUGAUCGCCAUUGGAGAAAUUUAAGCCCUUUUUGGAUCGAAAGGUGGUGAAAUGGCUACUUUGAUCUCUGGAAGAACCACAUUGAAUCCUAAUGCACCUCUCUUUAUCCCUAAUGUGUAUCGACAAGUGGAGGAUUUCUCACCGGAAUGGUGGGAACUUGUGAAGACCUCGACUUGGUUCCGGGAUUUUUGGUUGAGUCAACAUCCAGAGGAGAGUUUUGAUGGCAGUGCUGGUGCUGAUGAUGAUGAUCUUACAGAUUUGCUGCCGGAGGAUUUGGAUGUUGGUGUGGAGGAGGAGUUUCCUAAUUUGGAAGCUCAGUUUGAGGAGAUGGUCAAGUUGGCUGAAGCUGAAGAGAAAACUGACUCUAGCGCUGCCGAUCCCAAAGUUGAAAGGAAGCCUCCAAAUGGUCUUAUAAUGGAUGUGAAAACUUUGCUCAAGGACAUGAACAUUCCAAAAUCUCCCAAGGAAAGAAGUCCCAGAUCUCCAAGAACCCUUGCAAAGUACCAAAUGAAGCCACCACACUGCGUUGUUGCCAAGCGCACAGCGCUGUACAUUCACCAGCCUCGCUGAAGGAAAUGCUGGAUAGUUUCAGGGUUGCAUUUGUUGCAACAUCGCUAACAUUAAGUAGAGUCAGUAGACUUGCUUUUAGCUGUCUUUGUACAUGCAAGGUCGUACCUUUUUUCGUGUCUUUCCUUGUGCAAGUUCAUGUCUAGCUUUCAAUGUAAAAUUUGAAAGGAACAUGUUUAAAAAAGGAAUAAAAUCAGAAGUGCCUUUUGUGACUAUUAA